AUGCUGCACGAAAACGUCCUUAUCAAGGCCCACGUGCGAGAGCUUGAAGAGCAAUUAGCAGUAAUAACUAAGAGAAAAUCGCGUAAGAGAAAGCAGAUUCAGCAUGGUGGCACACUUGAGUAUGGCCCAGCAGCAUCGCGGGAGCUCAGUCAACUGUUUAGCGCUGUAGGAACUGCAGCAAAACUAGACACAACACAUGAACGUGCUAGGAGGGUACAGAAACAUCUUCUAAAUCUAAUGUAA